UACAGGAGAAGAGGCACCCUGAACAGCAGUACCCCAAUGCCAGCCGCAAGCGGGGCUAGCUCAGGGUGUGGUGGGUGAAGCAGCUCUGGGAUCCAUGAGGCGUAGGUGACAGUAGCGCCGGACUCCACUGCUUUGGAGCCUGCCCAGUCGAAUUUGGGAGCCAGCGAGGGACCUGACCGCAGUACACUGGCAACCAGAAGAUGCCCAAAGGUAGGGAGGCAAUGGAUACUGCUUAAGUUCAGAAGAUCCUCUGGCCGUUGCUGGCUCAAGUUUCCCCCAGAGACAUCCAAAGCCUCAGUGUUCUCAUCUGUAAAAGAUGUGAUUGUUAUGAAGCUUCCAUAAGGUAAGUGCGUAAAAACCAUGGCAAGAUGCUUGUAACUUAAAAGAGAGGGUUUCUCUGAGGCUUCUAUAAGGUAACUGUGUAAAAAUCUGGACACAAUACCUAUAAUUUUUUAAGUGUUCAGUGUACGGAGAAGGAGGAUUUUUUUUCAUCCAAUUUUUAGAAUGAGUUUAUAAGAUUGGUGAUACUCAUGUAUCUUUGACAAUCAAACCAAUGAACAGAAAAAAUAAAUAGCUCACCAAAGUCACAAAGCAGUUCACAAUGCAUUCACUGGGUAAUUUCCAGUUAAAAGGAGCAAUGAGGAUCACAUUGAAAAUUGUGUAUUAUGCGGUAGUUUUCUCUUACAUAAUCCUCUUGGUGUUAUGAAACCACAGAUUCUAAGUUGCUCUAUCAAAGUGAUCAUUAGGAAAAUGUGAUAUACUUCAUGUGUAAAUUUUAGAAAAUUUCUUCUCUUAGUCUUGUUAAUUUGAUUGAACAUAUUUGUUAUUUUCAAAAGUGUAAAUGGAACAUAUGUGGAUUGGGGAUAUAUGUGUGUAUAUGAAAUAUGACUUGACAUUAUAGAGUAGGCUUAGCUCAUGGCAAUGUUUUUUUCUGAAAGCACCUGCAGAAAUCACUCUUAUUUCUAGUUUGUUAAUGUUUCAGAGAUUAUGGGGGAAAAGGGGUUCUAUGGAUCUCAGACACUGCAUGAGGUAGAUUUGGUUUCAGUAAUUUUAGCAACAUUCAUUGUAAGGUGAUGAUCCCUAGGAACUUCUUCACAGUGAGAAACCUGAAAGGUCCUAGCAGCCAGCAAUGAAUGAAAGGUGGGGUGGGGCUGCUGGCAGGGUGGGGCCUUGUGAGCCAUGUGCCUGUGCUCUCAAGUUCCAAGUUUGUGGGGAUGCAUGCAGGGGAUUCUGGACCUGAUUGUUUCCCCUGAACCAGGAUGUGGUCUGGUUGGCAGGGCAACUGGCCUUCACUUGGUGGCCUUCAGUGGGUGCCCUCAUUGGUUGCCUUCAGUUAGUGCCCUCAGUUGUUACCCUCAGUUGUUUCUCUUCAGUUGGUGGUCCUCAGUUGGUGGUCUUCAGUUGUUGGGCAGUUGUGGAGGGAGGAUGAAUCUGUGGUCUCUCUGUCCCAGUCACAGCUCUCAGGCUUGUUGCCUCCAGGCCCUUCUAAAAUAAACCACACAGGUUGGCAAGGUUUUUUUAGCAGACACUUCAACUCAUGGUAUGGGGGUGACACAGGGUGAGGGCUGCUAGUGCAAUGCUGCCCCAUAGCCCAGGGCUGCCCUUGCCAGCAAUGCUUUUGCCAGGAGGAGGCUAGAGGUGUUCAGCUCUGCAGACUUGGGGGCAAGCGAAGGCCCAAGCUGCCGGAGAAGAGCAGGGGUGCCCCGUGGGGUCCACACUGAACUGUCGCACGUGCACCAAAGGCAACCCCAAUCAGGGCUGGCAUAAGAGUUCUGCAGAGCCAGCCCGUGGCUCUGACAUCCACCAGCGUACAGACAGUGAAGACACAGGAUGCGAUAUACAGGAGCAGAGGCACCCGGAACAUGCUGUCCCCCAAUGCCAGCCACAAGCCAGGCCAGCUCAGGGUGCGCUGGGUGAAGCUCUCCUGAAGCUCUGAGAUCCACGAGGUGGAGGUGGCUGUAGCACAGGACUCCACUGUUUUUGAGGCUGCCCAACUGAAUUUGGGAGCCAGCGAGGGUCCUGACAGCAGCACAUUGGACACCAGAAGAUGCCAAAAGGUAGGGAGGUGACGCACACCACUUAAGUUCAGGUGCUCCUCUGGCUGCUGAUGGCCUACGGUUCCCCAAGAGGCAUCCAAAGCCUCAGUUUUCUCGUCUAUAAAAGAUGUGAUUGUUAUGCGGCUUCCCUAAGGUAAGUGUGCGAAAACCAUGGCAAAAUGUUUGUAAUGUAAAAGAGAGGGUUUCUAUGAGGCUUUUAUAAGGUAAAUGUGUAAAAAUCUGGACACAAUACCUGUAAUUUAGGUCACUGUAACCUCUGCCUCCUGGGUUCAAGCGAUUCUCCUGCCUUAGCCUCCUGAGUAGCUGGGAUUAGAGGCUUGUGCCAUCAGGCCCGACUAAUUUUGUCAUUUUUAAGAGAGACGGGGUUUCACCAUAUUGGUCAAGCUGAUCUCGAAGUUCUGACCUCAGGUGAUCCACUCAUAUUGGCUUCCCUAAGUAGUGGGUUUACAGGCAUGAGCCACCAUCCCCAGCCAAAAAUUUCAUUUAUUGAUCAACAACCCUUUUUCUAAGGAGAUGCUUGUGGUCUAAAUAUGCAGAUUCCCAGUCAUUACCAAGAAGAAGGGAAUGACUGCAAGGCAACCUGGGAGGGAGUUUAGGAUUGUUCUGAGGCUGUGAAAGUCAUUGAAAUUCACACGUAAGAGGAUAGAGAAAGGGAAUCCACAUGUUUGAUCCCUCCAUGUACGGGGUAUAACUUGGUCUUCAUUAAGUUGCACCACUUUUGGCAUCAGAGAGAACUGGAUUUGAAUCCCACUUCCAACACUCAUUAGGACAUGAUCGUGAAUGUGUCUUUAACUCCUCAGAGCCUCACUUUGCUUAUCUAUAAAAGAGGGGAUUCUUAUGAGGCUUCCAUAAGGUAAAUGAGUAAAAAUUUGGGUGGACAAAAUGCCUGUAAUUUAAAAGAUAGGGUUGUUAUGAGGCUUCGAUAAGGUAAGUGUGUAAAAAUCUGGACAUAAUGUCUAUAAUUUUGUUAGUGUUCAAUAUAUAGAGAAGGAUUAUUUUUCUCUCCUUUAAUUUUUAGAGCAAGUUUAUAAAAUGGUGUUACUCAUAUUUUUGAGAUAAUCAAACCAAGAAUCACAAAGAUUAAAUGAGUCGCCAUAGUCACAAAGCAGUUCACAAUACAUGUCCUGGGUAUUUGCCAGUUAAAAGUAGCAAUGAUGAUCACGUUUAAAAUCUUGUAUUAUGUGGUGCUUUUCUCUUACGUAAGCCUCUUUGUUUGUUGAAGCCAUAGAUUCUAAGUUGUUGUAUCAAAGUGAUCACUAGAAAACUGUGAUAUACUUAGUGUAUACAUUUCAGAAAAUGUCCUCUAUUACUCUUGUUAAUUUCACUGAAUAUGUGUGUUAUUUUAAAAUAUGUAAAUGGAGUAUAUGUGGAUUGAAUAUAUAUGUAUAUAUAUAUAUGAAAUAUGAUUUGACAUUUAGUGUAGGUGUACCUCAUGGCAAUGCAAUGUGUUUUUCUGAAAGCACAUGCAGAAAUCUGUCAUUUCUCAGGUUGAAAAAUCUCAGAGGUUACAGGGGAAAGGGGGUCUCUGAAUCCCAGAUAGUAUAUGAGGCAGAUUUGGGUUCAGUAAUUUUAGCAUCAUUCAUUGUAAGGUGAUGAUCCCUAGGAACUUCAUCACAGUGAGCAACAUGAAAGGUCCUAGCAGCCAGCAAUGAAUGAAAGGUGGGGCGGGUCCACUGGCAACGUAGGGCCUUGUGAGCCUGGUGCUUGAGCUCUCAAUUCCAAGUUGGCAGGACACAUGCAAAGGAUUCUGGGCCUGAUGGUUUGCUCUAACCAGGAUGCGUUCUGGUUGGCAGGGCAACUGGCCUUCACUUGGUGGUCUUCAGUGGGUGCCCUUAUUGGCUGCCUUCGGUUGGUGCCCUUGGUUGGUACCCUCAGUUGGUACCCUCAGUUGUUUCUCUUCAGUUGGUGGUCUUCAGUUGUUGGGCAGUGGUGGAAGGAGGAUGAAUCCGUUUGUGCUUUCUCCUUCCCGAGUCACAGCUCUCAGGCUUGUUGCCUCCAGGCCCUUCUAAAAUAAACCAGACAGGUUGGCAGUUUUUUUUUUUAGCAGACAAGUCAGCUCAGAGUAUCGGGGCAACAUGGAGUGCAGGCUGCUAGUGCAGUGCCGCCCCAUGGCCCAGGGCUGCCCGUGCCAGCAAUGCUUUUGCCAGGAGGAGGCGAGAGGUGUUCAGCUCUGCAGACCUGGGGGCAAGCGAAGGCCCAAGCUGCCUGUGAAGAGCAGGUGUGCCCCAUGGGGACCACACUGAACUGUCACAUGUGCACCAAAGCCCGCCCCAGUCAGGGCCGGCACAAGGGUUCUGCAGAGCCAGCCUGUCGCUCUGACCUCUACCAGCAUACAGACAGCAAAGACGCAGGAUGCAAUAUACAGGAGCAGCGGCGCCCAGAACAUGCUGUCCUCCAAUGCCAGCCACAAGUGGGGCCAGCUCAGGGUGUGGUGGGUGAAGCCAUCCUGCAGCUCUGUGAUCCACAAGGCAGAGGUGGCAGUAGUGCAGGACUCCACUGCUUUGGAGGCUGCCCAGUCGAAUUUGGGAGCCAGCGAGGGUCUUGACAGCAGCACAUUGGACACCAGAAGACAACCAAAGGAAGAGGAGCGGAAGACCUUCUGGUGUGGACUGGGCAGCAAUUCACUUGCAGGAGAAACAGCCCGGGUGUGGAGAGGUGGCCAUCCUUUGCGGGAUCAUUUCUAAGGAGCCAAGAAAUCAAAAUAGAACUUCUUCCAUCUGAUUCUCUAACAACGGCAGACCUUCCAUGAGACAAGCUUUGUGUCAAAAGGACAAAUUAAAAGGACCUAUAAAUGGCACCACCCAGCCCAAUGGACAGAUGCCCCAGGCUGCAGAUUCUGUCAGUGCUGUUCUCGAGGAGGCCCAGGCACAUGCUGAAACAUACAAGUAUAAGAAGCCAGCCCUCGGAAACCACCAGGAGCCAGGAGCAUCCCGGCCCCGCAGGGCCCCAAGUUCAGCCUGCCCCACCCCCUCUGGUGCAGAGGUCCUGGGACACCAUCUGCAGCCCCGCCACGCCCUUCAAAGUCAAGGGCACAGGGGGCUGGGGCUUCCCCACCCGGCCUGCCGACUUCCUGAUGCCCCAGCAGCCGCCGCAGCCACCGCCACGGUCCCUGGACUACCUAGAGCUCCUGCUGCCGCCCCCGACUUCAUGGAGGCCCCCCAGGACUUCGUGCCCCCUCCCCCUGCGGUCGCCAAGAGGCCUCCUAUGCCCCACCCCCACAAGAGGCACGAAGCAUGAAUGUUCAGAAGCCGCAAAUGAAUAAAAUAAAUGAAUAAAA